GACGGCCGUGUCACACCGGGCCAGAUUCAUUAAGGAAAAUGGAGUUCUUUGUUUCCGGUCUUCUUUUGAUAUUGUUACCGAUUUCAUAUAUUGAAGGAAGAAAUGAAAGAUAUUUUGUGACGGAGUCGUGCGGUCAUGUUCUCGGUCCCGACUUUGGGGCUUACCUCGAGUUCGACAGGGACUUGGUUUUCAAUGAGAAAUCUAAACCCAAGGUCAAUGUUGCAGAACAGCUCAAGGGUCAACUGUUGGAAUGUACCGUCAUCGUCCGAGGUAUGCCGGCUACCCCGGGACUCUUCCCGCCUGAGAAGCGUUACAUGGGUAUCUAUUGGCGGGAAUUUCUUAUCCAUGACCCAAAGGUUAAAAAGAAGCUCGGCUCGACGACCCCGAAGGAUUGUGGGAAGGCUUACGUGACGAUGUACAAUGGUAAAGAUAAGGCGGCGGCCACCCAGUUCUUCACGCUGUGCGGGGUGGACACUGUCGCCCCGUCCUAUGAGUGGCAGGGUGAAUAUAUCACGCUCUACUUUUACCUUGACUACCGAAACCCCGCCCUUGGUAACGGGACGACGUUACCACCAUCCGCUACUGUAGAUCCCCAAGCUACCACACCUGUAGACGACUUCGACUACCCGGAGGUCUUCUUCAAGCUCGACAUCACGUCCUUUAGUUAUGAGUGUAACGACACGAUAGAGGACGUGGUGCUCAUGUGUAACGAAAGUAAGCGUUGUCUGGACGACUCUCUCCGGUGCGACUACUGGUACUCCAAGAACUGCCUCAACGAGUUCUUCCCCAAAGACUCGUCUGACGUAAGCAAGAAGUAUCCCGGACUCUGUGGCAAACCGAAAAAGCCGAAACCCACGACGACGACCCCCGCGCCCCCAAUCCCGCCCCCAGACCUUACCCCUCUCUACGUUGUCCUCGGCCUCAUCGUCGGCUUGAGCAUCCUAUAUUGGUGCUGCUGCAGACCCGGGUGGUUGCCCUGGAGAUGCGCGAGAAUCCGGAACUGCCCAUGUUGUGUUUCAUGUGGUACGUGCUUCGCCACGUGCUGCCCUGUGUGUUCGCCGACCGGGGGUCCCGGAGGAGGGGCUGGAGCCUGUUACUGUGGGAGCGGUGGUGGUGGAAGUCCCACUGGAGGGGCUGCAUGGAAGGGAAACCUGUUGGACAACGAGAACGGUUCUCCUGGGGACAGCUCGCCCGAGGGUGGCGCUCCUCCAUUCACAGUGUUCGGAGGGGGCGGAGGAGGCGGGGGUGGAGUAAUAGGUUCUCCUUGGAAAAAGAAGAAUGCUAUCAGCCCUCUGGAAAAUGAAACACCCCAAAAGUCUUCACCCUCUAUUACGUCAGAUCCGGAUACCGACAGCACGGCUCUCUCCAAUGGUUGGCUCAACUUCCUGUCUGGAGACGGUGGCCACCUUAGAGAACACCGCUAGAUCCAGCAUCGCGUGGUCAUCGUCUCCAUAGAAACGAAAUUUUAAGCAUGAUGAUGGAAAAGAAAACUGGUUAAUAACAAUGCAUGAAGUAAUUCGAAGUGACAUUUUAUAGAACCCAUCAACUCCCGUUAAACGUAUUUCCCAGUACGCUUGAUUUGUUGGAUUUGGAGUUUCAUGAAAUAAGUACCAUGUGUAUGGAAUUUAUCUGAGCCAUGUAGACUUUAAUCUAAGUUCCUAGAGACAUGAAGAUUGUGUUUGUUCGCACUUUUCAAAAAUAUUGUGAUUAUUCUAGGGUCAUACAAGUACAGUACGUUAUAGUACUUCUCUGUCUUUAUCUUUUCUUCUUUCUCUUUUUUUGUUUCUUACCAGCUUCUCUUUCUCUCCUUUUAUCCUUCCUUCUUCCUUAUAGCAAUACAGUGUGAUAUUAAAUGAAUUAAUACCUUUCCAUAUGCAGUCUUUAGUGAUACAAAUUUCUUUUGGCAUAAUCUGUAUGGUAUGAAUGUUGAUAUGAAAGAUGAUUGGUGGCAAAUAGGUUAUUAUAUGAAUGAAUUACUGAUCCAUUACUAUUGUCACUGUAUUGAAAAAAACU